UCCCGUGGGAAGUGAUAGCAGCUCUAUUCCAGAUGACUUGGGCUCAGAACCAAAGCGGACCUUGCCUUUUAGAAAAGGGCCAAAUUUUACUAUGGAAAAAUUUUUAGAUCCAUCUCGCCCAUAUAAAUGUACAGUUUGUAAAGAGUCAUUCACGCAGAAGAAUAUUCUUUUGGUUCAUUAUAACUCAGUAUCUCAUUUACAUAAACUUAAAAAAGUUUUACAAGAAGCAUCAAGUCCUGUUCCACAAGAGACCAACAGCAGCACUGAUAAUAAACCGUACAAGUGCAGCAUUUGCAAUGUUGCUUAUAGCCAAAGCUCUACAUUGGAAAUUCAUAUGAGGUCUGUUCUUCACCAAACAAAGGCGAGGGCUGCAAAACUAGAACCAAGUACUAAUAACAGUAGUGGGAGUAAUACAGCAGGGAAUAUAAGCAGCCCAAGCCAAGGGAUUUUAGAUUCUGUGAGUUUGCCUACUCUUAAUAACAAAGAAACACAUGCAGAUGCCAAAGAAAUAAACAAAAAACAUCAAGCUUUAGAGUUAAUGCCUACCCUACCUACUCAACCCUCCCAUCACCCAACCCAGUCACCAGCACAGCUUCAGAUGCAAUUACAACAUGAACUUCAACAACAAGCUGCAUUUUUUCAGCCCCAGUUUUUAAAUCCAGCAUUUCUGCCGCACUUUCCCAUGACCCCUGAAGCACUGGUUCAGUUCCAGCAGCCACAGUUUCUUUUUCCAUUUUAUAUACCUGGAACAGAAUUUAGCCUCAAUCCAGAUAUGGGACUGCCUGCUUCAGCUGCAUUUGGAAUGCCAGGCAUGGCAGGCAUGACAGGAUCACUGCUUGAAGAUCUGAAACUACAGAUACAAACACAACAUCAAGUAGGGCAAACCCAACUACAGCUCUUGCAACAGCAAGCACAGCAGUAUCAAGCCGAGCAGUCCCAGCAUCAACAACAAAAGCAACAGCAUGCCAAUAGAAUAUUAAAACAUGAACAAAACAGCAUUACAAAUGCUGAAAGUCAAAAAACUAAAGAACACCAGUGUUAUAAGGACACUGAAGAUGCAGCUGAAAAACAAGAAAAACCAAAGCAAGAAUUAACAUUUGAAAAUGAUACAACAAAAGAUAAUAAAGAUAUUAAGAAACAAAAAGGGUCAGAACCAACAAUUCCACCUCCUCGUAUUGCUUCUGGUGCCAGGGGUAAUGCAGCAAAAGCAUUGUUAGAAAAUUUUGGAUUUGAGCUGAUUAUCCAGUAUAAUGAAAACAGACAAAAAGUACAGAAGAAAAGCAAACUUGGGGAUGGUGAAAAUAAUGAGAAAUUAGAAUGUGGAGCAUGCAGUAAGUUAUUUUCCAAUAUUCUGAUUCUGAAGAGUCACCAGGAGCAUGUUCAUGGACAAUUUUUUCCCUGUGGUGAGUUGGAAAAAUUUGCCCGUCAGUAUAGAGAGGCAUAUGAUAAACUUUAUCCAAUUGCACCCUCCUCUCCAGAAACGCCUCCUCCUCCACCACCACCACCACCUCCACCACCUCCUCCUGCUCUACCUGCACAAGCCCCAUCUCCACUUACUGCUUCUGUGCCAAUAAAAAUUUCAAGCUCAACACCAAGUCCUUUGCAAGCUCCACCACCAACUCCACCUCCUCCACCACCUCCUCCACCUCCAACUUCAGCUCCACCUCAAGUACAGUUACCUGUUUCCCUAGAUCUUCCACUCUUUCCUCCAAUUAUGAUGCAAUCUAUUCAGCAUCCUGCUUUGCCUCCACAACUUGCACUUCAACUGCCCCCGAUGGAUGCUUUGUCAGCUGAUCUUACUCAAAUGUGCCAGCAGCAGCUGGGAUUAGAUCCCAAUUUUUUAUGUCACUCACAAUUUAAGCGUCCAAGAACAAGAAUUACAGAUGACCAACUGCAGAUAUUGCGUGCCUAUUUUGACAUCAACAAUUCUCCAAAUGAAGAUCAGAUACAAGAAAUGGCUGAUAAAUCUGGUCUAUCUCUUAAAGUUAUUAAACACUGGUUUCGUAAUACACUGUUUAAGGAACGACAAAGAAAUAAAGACUCGCCAUAUAAUUUUAAUAAUCCUCCUAUAACAAUCCUAGAAGAUGUGAGAAUUGAACCACAACCACCUACUGUAGAUCUUAAUAGGUCAGAUUCAUCCUUUAGUAGGAGGUCAUCAAGAACUAGAUUUACUGAUUAUCAGUUAAGAGUUUUACAAGAUUUUUUUGAUACAAAUGCAUACCCAAAGGACGAUGAAAUUGAGCAGCUCUCUACAGUGCUUAACUUGGUCACUCGAGUCAUUGUUGUUUGGUUCCAAAAUGCACGUCAAAAAGCCAGGAAAACAUAUGAAAAUCAGGCUGAGGUAAAGGACAGUGAAAAAAGAGAGCUUACAAAUGAACGUUAUAUUCGUACUAGUAACAUGCAGUAUCAAUGUAAGAAAUGUAGUGUAGUAUUUCCUAGAAUAUUUGAUUUGAUUACUCAUCAGAAAAAAAUAUGCUAUAAAGAUGAAGAUGAUGAUAUUCAAGAUGAAAGCCAAAAUGAGGAUUCUUUAGAUGCAACUGACCAAAUUAUGCCAAAGACAUAUUUAAGUUUUCAAGCUGAUACUCCAAAAGCUGCACCCACAGCUAGCUCUGGCUCUGGCUCCAGUACUCCAUUAACACCAUCACCAAAACCAGAAAUAGAUAAAAUUUCACCUAAACCUGAUGUACAAUCAGAAAAACCAAAGCAAAUUGAUGCUAUUGCAAGCUCUUUAGCAUCAAAAUUAACACAGUCAGCUUCUGCUGCCUCCUCUGAAAUACAGCCAUCACCAUCUCAACAAAGACCACUUCAGCAAAUUGGAAGGCCCUCAUCUGCAUCACAAUCUACUCCUGUUCCAUCUAGCCCAUUACCAAUAUCUAUGACAUCCAUACAGAAUAGCCUACCUCCUCAACUGUUACAAUACCAAUGUGAUCAGUGUACAGUUGCUUUUCCAACACUAGAACUAUGGCAAGAGCACCAGCAUAUGCAUUUCUUGGCUGCCCAAAACCAAUUCAUUCACACACAGUUUUUAGAAAGGCCAAUUGAUAUGCCAUAUAUGAUUUUUGACCCUAAUAAUCCUCUUAUGGCAGGACAGUUACUUGGUGGUUCAGUGGCACAUAUGCCAACACAAACAGGCAUGUCACUUGCUAACAAUUCCAUUUCUCUUAAAAGAAAGUUGGAUGAAAAAGAUGAAAAUAACUGUAGUGAAAAAGAAGGGGGAAUCAGUGGAGAAGAUCAACAUCGAGAUAAAAGAUUAAGGACAACUAUAACUCCUGAACAACUAGAAAUCUUGUAUGAAAAAUAUUUGUUGGAUUCAAAUCCAACAAGAAAAAUGCUUGAUCAUAUUGCUCGUGAAGUAGGCCUGAAAAAGAGAGUCGUACAAGUAUGGUUUCAAAACACAAGAGCCAGAGAAAGAAAAGGUCAGUUCCGAGCUGUAGGUCCAGCUCAAUCACAUAAAAGAUGCCCUUUUUGUAGAGCACUGUUUAAAGCAAAAUCUGCUUUAGAAAGUCAUAUUCGGUCUCGGCAUUGGAAUGAAGGAAAACAAGCUGGUUACAGCUUACCUCCAAGUCCUCUUAUUUCAGCAGAGGAUGGCGGUGAAAGCCCUAACAAAUACACAUAUUUUGAUUAUGUCUCAAUUCCAAAAACCGAUCCCUCAAGUGAAAAUGAUUUACCAUCUACUGCCUCUACCCCAGUCAGAAAGACAGCAGAGUUAUCUCCUAAAAAUCUUUUUAGCCCUUCCUCUUUUAGGGCUGAGUGUAGUGAUGAUAUAGACAAUAUAAAUGCUCCCCCUGCAGAAACUGGGUUUGACCAAAGUAAAAAUGACUUUGACGAAACAUCUUCCAUUAACACAGCAAUUAGUGAUGCAACAACAGGAGAUGAAGGAAACAAUGAUAUGGAAAGCACCUCUGUUUGUUCAAGAGAUGUUAAAAUGCCCAAAGAAUCUAAAAACCAUGUAAAUGAUAACUUGCCAAAAAGUGGAACCACUCUACCAAUGGACCAUUGUGAUGAAAAGUUAUUUUUCUCAUUAACAAACACAUCACAUAAUAACAUGGACAGAGAAAGUGAUCAAGAUCAAAGUGUUUAUAUGACUGAUGAAUUUGAGGACAAUGCUGACCGUAGUGAAACAUCAAGCAUAGCUGAUCCAGAUCCAAGCUCACCAAACUCUUUUGGAAGUAACAGUCUUUUUAAAGUAAAAAACCAUGAUCGACCUGGUCAUAAGCGCUUCAGGACUCAAAUGAGUAAUCUUCAGCUUAAGAUUCUAAAAGCUUGCUUUUGUGACUAUCGGACUCCAACAAUGCAAGAAUGUGAAAUCCUGGGCAAUGAAAUUGGCCUUCCAAAACGAGUAAUCCAAGUUUGGUUUCAAAAUGCAAGAGCAAAGGAAAAGAAAUUCAAAAUAAAUAUUGGUAAACCAUUUAUGAUUAAUCAGACUGGCAAAGAUGGAUCUAAACUAGAGUGUUCUCUUUGUGGAGUAAAAUAUUCAGCUCGUUUGUCUAUUCGAGAUCAUAUAUUUUCUAAACAACACAUUUCAAAGGUGAGAGAAGCUAUUGGAAGCCAGCUCGAUCGUGAAAAAGAUUAUUUAGCUCCUACAACUGUACGACAGCUGAUGGCACAACAAGAAUUUGAUCGUAUUAAGAAGGUCACAGAUGCAUUAGGUUUACAACAACCAAAUAUGAUGGAGAGUAGUUCUCUUCAUGGUCUCAAUCUGCCAGCAUCUUAUCAAGGGCUACCUGCCCUUCCAUCAGUCCUUCUACCUGGGAUGAACAGCCCAUCACCUUUGUCUGGGUUUACACAGAGUUCAAGUGGUCUAACAUCUCCGGGUGCAGGCAUGCUUGGGUUCCCUUCUUCAGCUACUUCGUCUCCUGCCCUGUCUCUCAGCAGUGCACCCAUCAAAUCUUUGCUGCAGACUCCCCAGCCACCUCCUCCUCUAUCCCAAACUUCUUCAUCCUUUUCAUCAGGAAAGCAGACCGAGCAACAGAACAAAGACCCGGAAAAAAACAAUAAAUCACAAAAAUACAAAAAGGUCAAAGAGGAAGAACAAAAUGCUUCCAAAUCUGAAAACAAAUCAUCUAAAAAUGAGGAAAAAAUCUCAUCAGCUCUUUCAGUUCUGGGCAAAGCUGUAGGAGAAAUGCCUAUGGAUCCAGCUCAACUGCAAGCACUUCAAAAUGCUGUUUUGGGUGAUCCAGCUUCUUUUAUUGGUGGGCAGUACUUGCCAUAUUUUAUCCCUGGUUUUGCUUCGUAUUUUACACCCCAGCUUCAUGGAACUGUGCAGGGUGGUUAUCUCCCUCCAAUAUGCGGAAUGGAGAGCCUAUUUCCAUAUGGUCCAGCAGUGCCUCAAGCUAUUGCUGGCCUGUCUCCUGGUGCAUUGUUACAACAGUACCAACAAUAUCAGCAGAGCUUACAGGAUUCAUUGCAAAAGCAACAUAAACAACAGCAAGAACAAAAACAGGCAAAAGCAAAUUCGCCUAAUAUAGAAAAUGAACAGCAACAAAAAUCAAGAGAAGAGUCAGAAAAGAAGGAAGAAAAGAGUCCUGCCACAGAAAGCACAAAAGAUGAACUCCAAACACAUCCAAAGAGUAAAGACUUUUCAGACAAUGUCAUUGUUCCAUUUGUCAAGCAUGAGUUUAUGUGCAGAAAGUGCCAGAUGAUGUUUACUGAUGAAGAGGCAGCAGUAAACCAUCAAAAGUCCUUCUGUUACUUUGGUCAGGCAUUGUUUGAUCCACAAGAAACAGUGCUUCGUGUUCCAGUCAGCAAACAUCAGUGUCUUUCCUGUGAUGUGGCUAUCAGUGGAAAUGAAGCACUUAGCCAACACCUCCAGUCUAGCUUGCACAAAGAGAAAACAAUCAAACAAGCAAUGAGAAAUGCCAAAGAGCAUGUUAGAUUAUUACCUCACUCAGUCUGCUCCCCUAGUCCUAACACCACAUCUACCUCGCAGUCUGCAGCUUCUAAUAAUAACACCUAUCCCCAUCUUUCUCGCUUCUCCAUGAAGUCCUGGCCUAAUAUUCUUUUUCAAGCAUCAGCCAGGAAAGCUGCUUCUUCCCCUUCUUCUCCUCCCUCCCUUUCCUUGCCUUCAACGGUUACCUCAAGUUUGUGCAGCACCUCAGGGGUUCAGAUCUCACUACCCACAGAAAGUUGUUCAGAUGAGUCUGACAGUGAGCUGAGCCAGAAGCUGGAGGACUUAGAUAAUUCAUUGGAAGUGAAAGCAAAACCUGCUUCUGGCCUAGACAGUAAUUUCAAUAGUAUCAGAGUGGAUAUGUUCAGUGUGUAGGGGUGAAGACAGGAUCCCUUGUUUAAAAAUAAGACUUUAAUUGCAGUUCCAAAGCUUCUCUAAUCCAAAAAAAAAUACAGUACCAAAUGAUUGACUCAGGAUUGUUUUUCCCAUAUUGAUAUGCUGGCAAUAUAGGACGUUAUGGUAUUGACAAGAACUGUUGCAGUUGGUUGAAUGCGCUUGUAUUAUAUGCUAACGUAUGGAAAAGGAAAAAAAUCCUCCAAGUUCUUUGGGAACUUGUUUCAAGCCAAAAACUCUCCGAAAGCAAAUUGCACCUCAGCUGGAUUGAUUUCCAAAAGGCUAGCAUGUACUGUAUGGGAGGAUGAUCCAGAAUUUUCAAAGAGAAAUUCUCUUAGUUUAGUUAGGUGUAAUUCAGUAGCUUUAAAUUCUCAGGUCAGAACAUAACAUUUCUCAUUUGUUUAAAAGCAGCAAGAAGCCUGGUAAAACUGUGACUUCUCCCAAAAUGUUAAUCUUUAUUAGAACACAUUUUCUAGGUGUGUUUAGUGUAUUAAUAGACUUUCUAACCCUUGCUGAACAACAGGCAAAUUCAUAAGCUCACCCUGCAGGAUAGUACAGUUUUACCACAGAGGGAAUUCUGAGGAAAAUAUGUAUGCCCCAUGUAUUGCAAUCGAUAUGGCCACACAAUAUAUUUAUAUCAGUGUCACCCUUUUCUUGUAGAAUAUACUAAUAUUCUGUGCCAAUUCCACCUUCUCACUUUUACUUCUUAUCUCAUCCCGUUUUUUUUCUGAAAGAGGUAAUAAUUCUAGUUUUGAGUCUCAUGUGACAUGUUUCAUUUGUGAAUUUAAUGCUUUAAUGUCAAGGUACUUGCUUGUGUCUGGACUAGUGCACUUAUAAUUUUGUAGACCAUGUGAAAUUAAUUAAACUAUUGUUUUUUUCUUUUCUUGCUUUUUCCCUUUGUUUUGUUUUUGGUUUUUUUCAUUUUGGUUGUUAUUAAAUGUUGUGUGUAGUACAGCAAUGGUCUGGUCUGCAUUUGUUAGAAGUCUGUCUCCUAACAACCCAAAGAUCUAUUUAACAAUUGGUGCAUAAAUGAAAGUAGUACUAUAUACUUGAAAACACUUAAGUACAAGCUGAACAAAAACGUUAAAAAAUAAAAAAAUAAAAAUAAAAAGUGAAAUGGUAUAUUUGCUAUGAAAAGCAAAGAAGCUGCUUUAAAAUACAAAAAAAUGGGACUAAAAUUGUUUUGUAUAAAGAGAUUAGCCCGGUGAACGUAGGACUAA